AUGAAUGAAUUUUCAUGUUCCAUUCUUGGAUUUUUAGACACGCUACAACUUUUUAAAUCUUUGUUACCUGGAUUAACCUCAUAUUCACAAUCAAAUUUGUACAAUACAGUAUUAAAUGAAACAUAUGACGGUCAUGAUUCAAUGGGGGACGUUGUUGCUUUGAGUCGUUUUUUCCAUCACUUGGCUCCAUCAACAGAAGCAAAACAAUUGUCAUCUUUUUCCUUUGAUUCAGCUGCAAGGAGAUAUGACCACAACCAGAAAACGAAACUAUUUCUCCCUACUUUGACACCUCUUACAGAGAAGAAAGUAAUUACGCUAAGAACUGCAAAUGUAAUAGCAGCAAGUGGCAUGUCUUUUUCUCACCUACGCAUUACAUAUGCAAGAUAUGGCCGCCAAGGAAUAGAAGAUGUUCUGAAAGAGGAGGAUGUAAAUGAUAAAGGGCGUGUUACCAAAUCAAAGAAGAUAGUGGAUGCCAUAUCAGACUUUUUCAAAAGUUUAAAACCAGAUGAGUGA